CGGCGAGGCGGGGGAUGCGCCGGGGGCAGCCGCUGCAGGAGGAGGAGGUCAAAAUUUACCGGGCUGAUUCAUACUCGCUUUGUCUUAACCAUGUUAUAGAAGAAUAAACAUGAUGACAAACAGAGGUAACCUCUCUUCCUUCCAGAGCAUUGCAUCAGAUUCCAGUAAGAUUAUGGCAGAAUACAGCCACAUACAAAACCAGCUGGAAUUACAAAAUAGUAGUUUAGGAAAAAGCUCUGUGAUUAAUUCCUUUGAAAAUGAUCUCCAGGAUAUUAUGGAUAGCCUCAACCAGAAGAAAUAUUCAUCAAGCCUUAAAUUUAAAACAAAUGGGGACUCCUCUGGUUCCUAUUUAACCCUAUCACAACCUGUGCCAGCUAAACCCAGCCCUUCAUCUAGUGUUAAAAAUAUAAAUUCCGCUACUAAAAUUCAAGGAUGUAAACCCUUUUCUUGUGAGAGCCCUUAUCUUUCAGAUAAAAGUGUCUCUGUAAAGCAUAUGGGUUUCACUUCUCCAUCCUCUAGCGGGUACAGCCUGGGAAGGACAGACUUCGAUAUUCAUGCCAACAGAGAAAAUGAAAAACUCUUUGGACAUGUGGAUAAGUUUCACUAUUCAAAAUAUAGUCAAAAAAAUAAAUCGUAUGACAAUGUCUUCUUCCCAGCAGUGCUGGAUGGGAAGAAGAACUCAGGCUCUCUUCUUGCAAUGUGGAAUGGAAGCUCAGGUAGUGAAAUAAUUCUCUCACCUGUCAGCAGUUCAGGGGCUGCAAGCAUGCCUUCCAGCCCAAAACAAGGCAGGAGGAUGAAUAUUCAAGACCACCUAACCCUUCAUUCAAGACCAGUUAAGCAUAAGGAGACCAUGACUGAGACUCUGGGUUCAAGAACUAGGAAGUAUUCUGGUGGGUCACUGGGUCAUAUGGGAGUUUAUAGUCGUUCUCUGCCCAGACUGUACAAAUCGACAGAAAGCCAGCUGAUGCCAUUAAGUUUGCCUCCAAGAAACUCUCUUGGUAAUUCCAAAAGAAAAAAACACGGAGAAAAAGAUCUACCUCAAAGUGCAUUAGAUGCUGAUAAUUAUCUUAAUUUUUCUUCUUGCAGCUCAGGGGUGUCACCAUAUACAAAUUCUGUGUCUGACAGUAAUUCCUAUGUUAGUUCAACUCUUAGUGUUCCUGCAAGCCCCCGAAUAGCUAGAAAAAUGCUUUUAGCAUCUUCCUUCUCCCAUGUUUCUGAUGAUUUUGAUAGAUUUGGACUCUCAGGGACAAGCCCCAGUAAUUCUUUUUCCCCUGUGGAUCUUGACAGAACAUUCUCUGUCAGAAGAAACAUUUCCACUAGUUCCAUGGAGUUUGAUGAAUCUGACCUGGAAAGCUUCAGACAGACACCUACCUUACGGGAGAGAAAGAACAGUAUUAGUUCAAUUUCUGGAAGAGAUGACCUAAUGGACUAUCACAGGAGACAAAGGGAAGAGAGGCUUAGAGAGCAGGAGAUGGAACGACUGGAGCGACAGCGGCUGGAGACCAUCCUCAAUUUAUGUGCUGAAUAUUCCAAGUCUGAUAACGAUCCUGCUGCUGCUACCACUGUUGCUGAUGUUCAAAAAAUUAAUAAAGAACUUGAAAAACUUCAGCUGUCAGAUGAAGAUUCUGUAUUUGAAGAUUCUCAAAUGAAUCCAGAAGCAAGAUUUAGAAACCACUUGAAAUCAUCAGCAAGUGAUUCUGAUUUCUCAGAGUGUAGUAAUCUCAAUCGAAGUGCUGCCACUUUCCUUUCCUCUAGAGGGAUUAGAGCUGAUGAACACUUCAGUGACAAUAUGAAGACUCCACUUUUAGCUUCUUCUGCCUUCUUGAAGGGUUCCAAUGAGUCUUCGUACCUAAGUAUCAUACCAAAGACACCAGAAUGCACAAGUGAUGAGCAAAGAGGGCAGGAGCUUGGUCGGCUGGAGGAAGAACACAUAACAAUACUAAACAACUUAGAGGAACUUGAACAGAAGAUCAAAGAGUUAAAUGACCAGAUGGAUGAAUCUUCAAGAGAGCUGGAUAUGGAAUGUGCUCUUUUGGAUGGGGAACAGAAAUCUGAAACAACUGAACUUCUGAAAGAGAAGGAAAUAUUGGACCAUCUGAACAGGAAAAUAGCUGAGCUGGAGAGAAAUGUUAUUGGUGAAAAGACAAAGGAAAAAAUAAAGCUUGAUGCUGAAAGGGAAAAACUAGAGAGGCUUCAGGAGCUUUACUCCGAACAGAAGACCCAGCUUGAUAAUUGCCCUGAAUCCAUGAGGGAACAGUUACAGCAGCAGCUGAAGAGGGAUGCUGAUCUGUUGGAUGUAGAAAGCAAACACUUUGAAGAUCUGGAGUUUCAGCAACUUGAACAUGAGAGCAGGUUAGAUGAGGAGAAAGAAAACCUGACACAGCAGCUCCUGCGGGAAGUAGCUGAAUAUCAGCGCAGCAUUGUCAGUAGAAAGGAGAAGAUUUCUGCUCUCAAAAAGCAAGCCAAUCAUAUCGUCCAGCAGUCGCAGAGGGAACAAGAUCAUUUUGUAAAAGAGAAGAAUAACUUAAUAAUGAUGCUGCAAAGAGAAAAAGAGAAUCUUUGUAAUCUGGAAAAGAAAUACUCUGGACUUUCUGGAGGAAAAGGAUUUCCUCUCCGUCCUAGCAGUCUAAAAGAGGGUUAUAUCAGUGUAAGUGAAAUUAGUGAGCUGUAUGGCAAUUCCACGAAUAGAUCCCCUUCCACUCAGCCCCCCACAGAUGCUGACGCUGUUGCCACUGAGCCUUCCACGGCUGUGCUGGCGAGCCAGCCACAAAAUAAAGAGCUAAGAUCAUCUCUCUGUUCUGGAUUUGUGUUUCCUCACUCUCUUUCUCCUCGCUCUAUUGCUCAACUUCCAUCAGUCCAUUGGCCUGAGGUCAUGGUUACACAUGUAGAUCCUUUUCCUUUAUCUGAUACACCUCCUCCUCUUCCAGCUAAGAAACACCGCAGGCAACAACAGCACUUUAGAAAUCUGGAAGAAAGAAAGAAACAGCACAAGGAGGGCACGUAUUUGAGUGAUACUCUACCCCGCAAGAAAACCACUUCUUCUGUAUCGCCACACUUCAGUAGCGCUACUCUCGGACGAAAUGUUACUCCUAAAGGUCAUUUACCACUAGGACAGAGCAACAGCUGUGGCAGUGUACUUCCUCACUGUCUGGCAACCAUAACCAAAGAGUCCGAAUCAAGAAGAAUGCAUAAAGGAAAAUCCAAAAAAGGAGCAAUUAAUCAUUCCAAAGGUACAAGUAUUAAAGGGUAUAAUCAUCAACACAUAUGUGAAGAACAAAGGCAGAAAUCUCCUGAAUUCUACAGCAGAACUGCAUCUGAAUCUAACGUGUAUCUGAAUAGUUUCCAUUAUCCUGAUCAUAGCUACAAGGACUAUGCAUUUGAUACAUUAAGCUUAGACAGUUCUGACAGUAUGGAGACCAGCAUAUCUGCAUGCUCCCCUGAUAAUAUUUCCAGUGCCAGCACUUCAAAUGUUGCCAGAAUAGAAGAGAUGGAGAGACUUCUGAAACAAGCUCAUGCUGAAAAGACACGACUGCUUGAAUUCAGGGAACGGGAAAUGGAAGCCAAAAAACGAGCCCUGGAAGAAGAAAAGCGUCGCAGAGAGCAACUAGAAAAAAGAUUACAAGAAGAAACUAGCCAGCGGCAAAAAUUAAUUGAAAAGGAAGUCAAGAUACGUGAGAAACAAAGAGCACAGGCCCGCCCCUUGACUCGCUACCUGCCGAUCAGAAAGGAAGACUUCGACCUACGAGGUCACAUCGAAACAGCUGGUCACAACAUAGAGACCUGUUACCACAUCUCACUCACGGAGAAGACCUGUCGAGGCUUUCUGAUUAAAAUGGGAGGGAAAAUUAAAACAUGGAAAAAACGGUGGUUUGUUUUUGAUAGAAGCAAGAGAACAUUUUCUUAUUAUGCAGACAAGCAUGAAACUAAAUUAAAAGGAGUAAUAUAUUUCCAAGCCAUUGAAGAAGUCUAUUAUGAUCAUCUAAAGAAUGCAUAUAAGAGUCCUAACCCAUUACUCACUUUCAGUGUUAAGACUCAUGACCGAAUAUAUUACAUGGUUGCUCCAACGCCAGAAGCCAUGAGGAUAUGGAUGGAUGUUAUAGUUACAGGAGCAGAAGGCUACACCCACUUCAUGUUAUAAUAAAAUGGUGCAAGAGUUCAUUCACAAGGCAUAUUGCAAUAACCCUAUACAUGAAUUUAGCCAUAUGCAAGUGAAUUUGAAAAGCCAUAUACAAUAUUGAUAACUGUGACAAGUAUUCUCCCUAUGAUGUGCACACAAACUCUCAAAAUCAAAAGAUUUUAUACACACAAGUGAAAGUAAGAUUAUUUGCUUCUUUUAGUUGAUCAUUAUAAUAGCGAAAGAACUAAAGCUAUUGAAAGUGUCAUAGUGUUCUAUCAUGAGUAAUCAAGUCAACUUAAGUAUGGUAUAUUGAUUCAAUAGUAAUUUCUUACAAAUUCUAUAUAGAAGAUGUCUUCAUAAAUACAAACUAAACAGUUUACAGAAUUGUUUGUGUGUGCUCAUUGGUAUGCAAACAUUUUAGUAACGGAACAGAACAGUAUAAUAGCAUAUAUUUUUAAUAUGCAGUAUUUGACAUUUAUAGGUAAUUAGAUGGCUUUUUAAAAUUUGUACUUAUAUGUAUUUUAUAAAAAAUAUAUAUAUAUAUAUGAAAAAACCCAAACACACCAGCCUACAAUACAUGUAGUUCUUGUCUUAGUAUUUUAAAAUACUACAGAGCCAAAGAUUUACAUGAUUCCUGUAUAAGAGUGAACUCAAAUCGUGAGCUGCGCUUUAGCUUUGUGUAAUGGAACAAUGCCAAAAUUCUUCCUAAAUUUUAAUAUAAUUCAAUCGCUACAGUAUUCUGUACAUUUAAAUUACCAGUUGCAUAAACUGUAUGUGUAAAGUCAUUUACAUAAAGCACAACAAAGAAGCAAUAGCUUCACAAAGAUGGUCUCUCUCACAAGGUAAAACUGAAUGGAGACAAGAGUAUCAAACUUAACUUUGCCAUAAGUUUUCUGCAUUCUCUCUGCAGGAGGCAUUGAACUGAUUCUCUGGCUGGUUCCUGAAGCAAUUUCUGUUGUAUGGAGUUCAGUCUUGCCAUAGAUAUGAUUCUAGUCUAAAGCUAACGUGCUGAAAUCAAUGGGUAAAAUCUUUGCCCAAUUGAAGUCUGCAUGAAAACUCCCAUUGACCUCAGCCAGUGAGACUGUUCAAAGUAUACACUGGUCUAGAAUUUCACCGUAUGAUAGGGUAGAGCACAAAGAAAGGCAAGUUGUGAGAGCCCAUACUAAAACAGUAUUAUAAAUAAAAACUUUUAAGUAGCAAACAUGACAAAGACCUAUUUUUUCAUGUAUGCUCCUUGUAAAUGUUCUCCCAUUUAAAAACUGCUUUCUAGCCCUUGACUAUUAUAUAAAAAUAAAUUAUUAUUGAAUAAAACCUGGACUUCAGACAAAUCUUCAAAUAGUUCCUUAUUUUAGUAUUCUGGAUUUGUAAGUGCCAUAUUGUUCAUUUAAUUAAAGAAAUCACACUAAAAGCAAAGAAGAAAGUGGCUUUUGAUUAAACCAGGGGUGGCCAACCUGUGGUUCCUUAAUAGUUAAUAUGCGGCUCCUUGUAUAGGCACCAACUCCAAGGCU